GGCUUAUAGUGUUUUUAUCUGCAAUAAUAAUUAAUUUAUGUUUUGCACGUGUAACAGCUACGGUUAAACGUCGUUGGUCUUCUAAUAUCCCAGUAUCCUGUGUGAACAAAUUAUUAAAAUGGAAAUAAAAAAGAGAAAAGAAAUUUUGAUAUUUAAAAUGUCAGAAGAAUUAGAAACAGACGGGACAUUAAAAUGUCACGAAUUUGGGCCACCGAAGUCGUUACAAAAAAUGGAGAACGCAGACAUCUUGUGGAAGAUGAUAACAAAACGAUUUCCGAAUGCUGCACCACUUCUUUGCGAGAUGGAAGCUGUUAUUGAUCGUGCGGAUGAUCUUCUGAGACAGCUCAGAAGACCUUACAAUAGACCAGUUGAAGCAUCGAAUUUAAACAAUUUCGAGGACUCCGGUGAAUCCGAUGAAAUUAUUUCAUUGAUUUGCGAUGAAUCUUUUCCAGAAGAUGCUGAUGUUUUUGAAGACGUAGCCAUCAUGACGAACACAGCUGAAACACAAAUUUCGGAAAGCAGUAUCUCCACCGUCGAUACAGAUUUUGAUUCUAUUUACUCUAAUCAGCCAUCUUCUUUGAUCGCCGACAAAUCAAAUAACUCGAAAGACGAUUUAAAAGAACAUGGAAAGGAAAACAAUAAGAACGUUGUCGUAUCACGUAAUAAAAAUGGAGAGAAUGUACAAGAACAAAUAUUGUAUGCGAAAGACAAUGUCGUGACGAAAGUUUUCGAAAAAGUACAAGAAAAUGAAAAGAAACAUUCUUCGGGUGAUUGGAAUGAGAAUAUAAACGUAGAAAAUUGUUCUUCUUCUUUUAACGAUUCAGAAGAGAUGGAAAUGUACAAGAACGUUGAAAAAACUAGCAUGAACGAGAGACAGUUUUCGGGCGAUGAAAAAAUUAAUAAUAAAACACCAUGGGAUAUUCUCGAAGAGUAUGCCAAUCAAUGUGACAUAAAUAUUGAUUGUCACUGUGAGAAAAAUAAAUGCAAUCGUUUUGUUAUCAGCGGGAAAUUAUCAGAAUUUUCUGGUAUUUUUAAUUUUUAUUAUAUCUAUCCAUUUAUUAUACCUCUUCUCAGAAAAUUUUGUGCUUUGUGUACAACAAUUAUUUUUUCAGCAACCGGCUGUGGAGAUACAGAAGAACUGGCUAAAAAUAGUAUAGCAAAAAAAAUAUUGCAAAAUAUAGCUGAUCAUCAGAUGAAUGACAAAGAGAUGAAACAAUUGUUGGAAUUAUCUCGAGAACAGAUAUUAGAGAUAAUUAGUUUUGGAAAUGACGAUACAAUUGAGACGCCUUUACGAAAAGUUUACAUGCUUUGUAUAAAAAAGGGAGGACCUCCACCAAGAUACACAACCGAAAUGGAAUACAGGCAUGAAGGUGUGAAGUGUAUAGCUACAUGCAUGGCUUUGAAUCAUGUGGUUGAAGGACAUGGAGUGAGUCGUCAUAAUGCGAAAAAGUCUGCUGCUGAACAAUUCUAUCAAAAAUAUUUCAAUAACGAGAUAUAAGAAACAUAUUUAAAAUUGACAAAUGAAAAAAUUUCGAUAACAAUCAAAAAAAAAAGAAAGAAAAAAAAAAGAA